GCUAGGAAGUGAGGGCAACGCCGGCGGGGUGAAGCCGCCCGGAAGUGGGGCAGGGAGGCAGAGGCCGCUGGUGUCAUGGAGUCGCCGCGCUGCAGGAAAGAUCCGUGCGGUUUUAUUUGUCUGAUCCUGACUUACCUGGGCGUUGUUUACGCCGAUUAUGUGGUGGUUCAGCAUGUCCUCAUCCCGGUCUACUCAGACAGUUUCUGGUUCUCGAUUCACGGAGCAGUCUUCAAUCUCAUUUUGGUGAUGCUGCUGGCUUGCCAUUUAAAAGCUGUGUUCUCUGAGGACCAUGGUAUGGUCCCAUUACCAGUGGCAGCGAUUGACUUCUCUGAUCUGAGGUCACAGUCUUCAAGAAAAAACGACAGGGGCUCGAGUGAAGGCUGGAGACUCUGUAACCGCUGUGAAACCUACACUCCUCCCAGAGCGCACCACUGCCGGGUCUGCCAGCGCUGCAUCCGUAGAAUGGACCACCACUGCCCCUGGAUUAAUAACUGUGUCGGGGAACUCAAUCAAAAGUACUUCAUCCAGUUUCUGUUUUACACAGGGUUAGCCAGUCUGUACUGCAUAGCGCUGCUGGUGUCCACCUGGGUGUGGAGAUUCCGGGGAGAGAGAGGAGGAGGAGGAGGAGGAGGAGAGGAGAGCGAGACCACUUCCAACAAACACUUCAUCAUAGGUCACUAUAUAAUUCUCCUGGUGGUGUGCGUUCUCUUCGGAGUGUUUGUGACGGUCAUCUUUUACGACCAGAUGGUGUCUAUAAUCUCUGAUGAGACCCCCAUUGAGCAGCUGAGGAGCCGGCUGACGAAAGACAAGGGUGCGAGCCGACCACGCCCCCACAAACCCACGCUGGCUCUGCUGAGGGAAGUCUUCGGAAGAGGCUCGGUGCUGCUUUGGCUCCUCCCUCUCCGCUCCAAUCCUCCAAUGGCUGAGGGAGUUAUCUACUCCGCACUGCCCGACUAUGACGUAUAGUCGCACUUCCUGUCUGCCGCCGCGAGGUCACUUCCUGCCUCCCAAGGAGUUUGCACUAUCCAUAUCCUGGCUUCUUUUUUUUUUCCCCCUUCCUGGAGCGACAUCACUUCCUGCUUAAGGGGAGGGGAGUGGUAACUGAGGGGUGACAUCACUUCCUGUUUCCCUGUGAGGCAGAAUGAACUGUGGGAAAAGGUUUUUGGAGCGCGGCUGUCGUUUCCUUUUCAAGACGGCUCAUGAUCUCAAUUUCCUGUGCUGGAGAACUGUCUAGCAGUUCGGUGUGUCUCGUUUCUGGUAUGAUGUAAACAGAUACUUUUUCCCUUUCGGGGAGAAAUUGAAUGUCUUGUUUGUGUGCAACUCUGUAUUUCUAUGAUGUCACUUUCUUGUAGAAAUAUGAUGUCACCUCUUUUCUGACAGAAGUCUUCACCUUUUUGUCUUUCUUUGAAAAGUCAUUUGGAAGGAAGCUGAAUGUUGGGGAAAAUAAGAUUUUAAAUACAGGAGGCGUUUCCGGAGCCGAGGCGAAAGAUGUUAUGUGUAACUGGCUUUUAAAAAACAAAGCAAACUAAAGAAAAAAGCUAAAACCCACUCAUUUUAAAAGCAUUGUAUUAUUUAUUUUGAAGUUGUUAUGUAUUUAUUUAUAUAUAUAUAUAUAUAUAUUGUUUCUUUGCAAUGUAUUGUGCUGAUAACUGUGUUUAAAUAUCAGUGAAUAAAGUUUUCAUGCAAAUGUGGACGGAUGUGAACGGCCGUCAAACUCCUGAGGGGCUUCAUAACAAAUCAAUCAAUCAAUCUUUAUUUUAUAUAGCGCCUUUCAUAGCGGAGCACCAGCACACAGCGCUUUACAAGAAGCAGGAACAACA